UUCUAUCGUUGAAAAAGGAUGAAGAACCACUUUCCCUUGUCGGCGCAUGGUUCAGCUUGGAGUCUCGGUCCAAUCCAAAGUCUCUGUACACAGAAAACUUGGUCCGGUUCAUCCCAAGAUCAAAAAAGUGUAAAUAUAAACUUGGUCUGGUUCACAUGGCAGAGGGACGUCGUGUGAAUUCAAAGCACAUGAAGAAGAAGAAAUGGAAUGGAUUGGAAAAAGGAAUAGUACGUAGUAGCUCCUUUUAAACCACCCGGUUUGAAAUCAACUGGAUUUUGUCAGCAAACUUCCUUUCUUCCUUCCCAGUUAAUUACAAAGUUAACUAAUGGAUCAUCCGCAUAAUUACGGUUCCAGCAACUCCAAACGCAGUUACACAGAGAUUGCGGCGGCGGCCACGGCCGGAGACGAUUGCCCACAACCGCAACUGAUACCUCUGCCCCUGCCGGUGCAGCAAAAACUGAACAGCAUAUGUGAGGAGAAAGAGCAGCCGCAGCCGGACGCCGCGUUGAGAAGGAGGCUGGGUUUGCUGGGGGAGGAGAAGGCACUCGAACUCCUCGGCGAAAUUUACAAUAGUAAAAAACAGAUCAAAACCCUCAGUGGAUACAUCUGGUUCUUGCUGCGCGAAAAGUACCAAUGUACCCCUCGUUCUCGUUCUCCUUCCCCUUCCCCUACCAAGUCUGGCCCUGCUGCUUCUCCGCCUCUUCACAGCCCGUCUUCUGCUUCCCAAAUCACUCCUGGUCGUCAAGGGAGUACUAGUGGAGGACAGAAGCAAUUAAAUUCCUAUUUCUCUCCAUCACCUUUGAAAUCUGCACGUACAUCCCUUUUCGAGGCCCAUCAUCUUCUCUUCCUAUCAGUCCUGUUCAUGAAGGAGAUACCACAGACAAUCAAUACUUUCAAUCUAGCAGAGCUUCAAACGUAAAUGCAACUGCAAAGGUGUCAAAUUACAAAAGUAGUUUGGAAAUGGUGGGUUGCAGAUGUUUAAAGUCUUUUUGUGUUGUGAGUUUAGUGUCAUUGUCUUCUGCUUUUCUACCACCUUAUACAAAUUUUCCCUUUGGUUCAAACAUCUUCCUUUCGAAGUAAUUAUCUCUCCUCCUAGUUGUUGAUGUGACUACUGACAAGAGAUUGGGCCUCGAACAGGGCCAAUGUUACCCCGUUUAAAUGUAAUUAAGCAAUUUAAUUUUGGCUUAAUUAUAUAAAAACCUUUCACCUUCGGCUUGUCAGGAAGGGGGUUACAACCAUUAAAUGACCGUUACUAGCAUAAACUCUUCCUCUAAUCCACUUACUCUAACGGGCAAAUUUUAAAGGAUAUAAAAGCGAACGCGUUGUCAAUUUUCACUUCACCUUCAAUUUCCAGAAUACUUUUAAGUCUUCAAAAGAUCGAUAAUUUCAUCUUGCGAAAACUGAAUUCAACUCUCCAUUCCUGAAAAUUUCAAACUCUCAAUCAAUUCAUCCAUGCGGACUUCAACAGCUUCUCGUCAUGAGUUUGUUGAAGGUCUUACCAGCCUUAGAACUCGAUUGAACACUCUACAAAGUGCGAGGUGGUCUGAAUCUUCCAGUCUACUUUCACCAUAGGAAUCCUACUAUUUGGGCCUUGUGUGGUACCAAGAAGUGUCAGACGUAGUUGAGAACAAUAUGCCCCCAGCCACCUAGCUCUCUCAUUCUCCUUAUUCUAAUUUGAAGGGAAUUUGCCCAACCAGGUGGAGUAACGGUUCUAGAGGUUUCCCGACCUCUCAUGAUUUUGGCCAUGGCUCAGCUGUUUGGUAUGUGGCCAUGAGGUAGGUGUUUUGACGUCUCAAAGGAUUAGUCGUCUCACUGGGACUUGUAGUCGAAGAAGAAGAAAGGAGAAGUUGAGGCCACUCUACCACCAGUGAAGAUUAAGUAUCUAUCUUCAGAGUUUCAGGCUUGUGCGACCUACUACUUAACUUUCUUAGCUAUUUUAAAAGCAAGUAUGGUCCCUCAUCCCUCUCUACCAAUAGAGAUCAAGAGCACAUGGACUUCUUACUCUAUUAGAUGAAUAAGUUCAUGUUCCCCAACCCUUUAGAGGGUAUGGAAGUUAGUGGAUCCCUCUCGCUGUAGCCUUGAAUCAAUAUGAUGAUAUUGAGGCCACGUUUGGCACUGAUGGUGAAGAGGCCGAGGACGAGCUACAAAUGUUCCUCAAGCAACCUGUCAGGUGCUAGUUCUCGGGCUCGGGCAACUUCUCCUACCUCUUCAUCUUCAUCAGAGAGCCUCAGAUAGAGGAGAACUAAGGCUAGGCACAAAAAUCUUGCCUCAGAGGCUUCCUAUACUUCAACCAGAAAUAGGACUAGGCUCAAUACUGGUCUCAAAAUAGGUAAAGCUUCUGGGAUAGUUGGUAGGAAGAAGAAGAGAGCAGCCAAUAAGUGACUAAAUGCUUUUUGAUGAAUUGUUAACCCAAAUUCCUCAAAUUUGUUGGUUUAUAUAACUUACUGAUGAAUUCUAACACAAGAUUGUCCGAAUUCAACUAGAAAAAUGAUUAGGCCCGAGACUAGUCUCAAAAUAGGUGAAGCUUUUGGGACAGUUGGUAGGAAGAAGCAAAGAGCAGCAGUAAGUGACUAAUCUCUUUUUUAUGAGUUGUUAACCCGAAUUUCUCAGAUUUGCUGGUUUUUGUAACCUACUAAAGAAUUCUGACAUAGGAUUGCCCGAAUUCAAAAAGACUGGAUCUCUUUCCUCACAAAUAAGCCAAAGAAGUUUAAUAGUAUCUGGUGGUGAUGAUGAGAUGACAAUAUAGUGCUAGCAGAAGUACCACAUCUUAUCAAGUCCACUGAGGUUAUAAGGCCUUCUAGGAAAGCCCCUCUCAAUUUUGAGAAUCUUUGAUUGAUCUGACAUCAAAGUUAAUGUCUUUCUCAUAAGAAGAUUAUGGAGCUAAGAUUGAAAGGUCUGUGAUACACAAAUCACAUGGGGAAGGUUUUUCAGUUCCUUCCACAAAGGCAGUUUCUAGUGCCUUAUUUGUAAAGAAAAUCACCACAGUGCCCGACACUCUUCCAACUACAAUAUCUACUUCAAAGGUGGUGAGUUUUCAUCAAACUUACCGGAGAAAACCACAAUAAAAAUAUUGUUGCUACUGAACAAAAGAAUCAAGUCAUGGAUGAACCUCUCCAAGAUAUCCCUUAUCCUUAUGAGGUUGGGAGUUCAGGAGUCCAUCCCUCAGGUCCUUCUGGUGCUGAUGCAGAGCCUAAGAUGUCAGCGGAGUCUUUCACUUUCCCUUUAGGCAACAACUCUCCUUCAUCUCAUGUCGUCGAGCAAUCAAAGGUUGUUUUGAUAGAGGCUGACAAUGUUACAGUGCCUGUAGAGGUAGCAACAAUUUCCAAACAGGAUUCAGCAGCUUCAUCUUUACCAGCUACUCAUGAAGAGGCCUCUCUAACUAUCAACCUUCCCCAUACCCCAGCAAUUGGAGUAGGGGAUAUUGACAGUUCGUCAGGGGAGAAAGAGAAGGCCCCUAGCUCGACAAAAGAAGCUCACAACACAUAUUUCCUUGUUCCUCAUUCUGUGCCUGAUGCUAGCAAGGAAAGGCCUAGCACACCCUCUCAGAGCAACAGGCAAAAAGAAAAGGCUUCUUCCUCAUCUUCCAACUUACCAGAGCAGCCAACUCCUCUAGCUGUGGUUUAUCCCAACAUAUCCCUCUAUGAGGUCUUGCUCGAACUUCAGAAACUCAAGCAAAAGGUUGACUCCCCGUGCCAGAAGCCAUCAGUUCAACAAGCUCAAUAUCUAAAACAAUCCUUCAAAGACUGGUUGGAAGGUGGUUUUGAUGUCAACUUCCAACACGACAUGCUUAAUCAAGUUGAGAGUACACUUGAGAAGCUGUAUGAGCUUAAUGAGAUCACCAAAGAGCAAUUCCAGACCUUUAAAUACUUCUUCCAGCUUCUAAAGCAGUUGCAGGAACAAUACUUCCAAGCUGCCAAAGAGGCUGAACAUAUGCAACAAAUGAAACUCCAACACUCUGAGUUCUCUACUCUUUUGAAAUCUGUUAUUGGAGAAGGAACCAAAAUUGGGGAUAGUAUUUCUGUAGUGGACCAACAAAUUCAGCAACUAGAGCAAGAGUUGGCCAAACUGAAAGCUGAGAAAGCUAGCUUGGCUAGUGAACUUGCUGUGAAAGUGGUUGAGGCCCGAAGUGCAAGUCAACAAGUAGAUAUUUUGGAUGCUCAGUUGGUCAAGAGCAACAUUGCAGUUGAAGAGCCUGAGAGGCUGGAGAUUGACAUGAAGACUGUAUAUGCUAGGAUUGUUGCCCUAGCUAAGGAUGCUCAUUUGUAAUUUCUGUUCAUCUCUGUUUAUUUUCUUUUGUUAUUUCAGUUUUUGUAAAGCCACUUGCUGGCUAUCAGUACUUUUAUUAGUAAAAGUUCGCCUUUCUAAA